UGGAUCGCCUCUUUCAUAUUAUGUUGAAUAUAGGUCUUGUACUUCUUCUUGGCCUUAGUGCUCUUUUUCGACUUAGCUCUAACUUGGGCAUUUCUUGCCUGCUGCUGUAUAGGACAUAGGAAGGGGAGGACGGCCGCAGAGCUGGGUCGUAUGGAAGGUCGGAAUGCAGAUACGAUGCCUCUCGUCAGAGAUGACAUGUAUCUGCUGGGAGUCGCCAUUGUGCCCGGCGUAGAGAGGAUAGCUUUUCUCGACGGGGGUUUUCUUUUGAUUUAUCUUGGUCUUGUUGCGGAGGUUGAAGCGGAAGUCGAAAACGGAGUUUUGGCCGGGAAAAUGUUAUUCCGGGGUCGAGAUUAUUUACAACCGUUAGCGAACUUUCUUGCUUUUUUUUAACAUCACCCCAAGACAGGACAGGACGAGAACAACCACCAGCAACAUCCUGAUCACAGCAUGAAAUGGGUACAAUCUUAGUCGGUGGAAGACGGGAGAUAUGUACUAGCCAUGUUUGAAUCAGUCUUUUAUAUGAAACCAUUUGCACAUUAGAAGGAUGUCUCUUUAGCUACCCGCCAGCUGUUAUGCGUUUACUCCUUGGAGCUGCUGCUGAUGCUGCGAGCUCAAGGUCGAUAGAUACUAAUAACUUCUCACUCAAGUCCUCAACUGAUAUUGCAGUUUCGAUGUCUGGAAGCAACAAUUGCGGCUGCUCGAUAUCUUUUUCCCUCACGUUUAUCGUUUCGCAGCGCUAGUAACCAACCACGACGGGUUCAACUGCUCCCUUUCUCCCCAGAAGAGAUGUCAGUGAAGUAGAUGGAGCGAGUUCGUCUCUGCUAAAAUGCUAUUGCCAUUAAAAUUUGGCUCAUCAGACCUCUGUAGAGAAAGGGAGACGAAUUUGCGUUGCUAAAUAAGACGAUUAUCUCACACCCUCGGCAAGCAACCAGCACAUAUAAUAUGGAAAGCGUAGCAUAGGGCGGAGAUUAACCGAGCAACAUCUAACGAGGUCCAAUGCUGACAGGAGAAGUGGUGGGCGUGCGAAGAUAUGUAUUGGCUGCAAUCUUUCUGUGAUCUGCAGUUCUGCUUGGCUGCAGGCCUCAUUUAUUUUUGAGUGUUAUCCAUGGAUAAGCCCCGCACCAAGGUCGAACAUAUAUAAUAUGCGAGUGUCCGACCAGAGGUUGUAGGUGAGCGGUAGCUUACAAACCAUCUAGCGCGCGGUUAGAUAUAUGGUUUGCUAUGUUAAACUCUUCUCACACACGCAUUUAUAUAGACUAACAUCGGAGGAUCGUAUCCUUGAUACAUAACAUAUUAACCACCUUUAUUCGGGCAUAUGCCAAGUCCUGUUGGCCUAAGACGAGAAAAUGACGUUGUCAUCAACCGCUAUACUCGUGGUUUCAGGCUGUUUGACCGGCCUUGUAGCAACAAUUCUCAGCGCAUACGCAUGGUUCCGUACCUCGAAGUACUACCUUCCGGCUACCUAUUCCACUCUCAGGAAUAACAACAUUCCUCCCAAUUGCCACGGCCAUUCUCAUCCCGCUGUUUACCAAUCUUGCCACUCGCAGUCGGAACCAGCGAUCAGGCACAGCAUUACUGGGUCACAUUGACAUUGGCAGAUUCAUGGUCAUUGUGGAGCAACUGCUUACAAUAAUCCCAACAGCCCUGGCUACUUUUACAAUAUCUUAUUUUGUGUCUGAAGAUAUCGUUGGAUGCCGUCUUGAAAACCAAUGGCAGUCAUACUACUCCCGUAAGAAUGCCAACGCUAUCCGCUCCAUCCAGGAUCGGCUCCAGUGCUGCGGUUUUAGAAGUACACGCGAUCGAGGAUGGCCGUUUCCAGGUGGUUCUGAUCAACGCGAUUGUACUAGUACAUUUGGAUAUACCCGGAGUUGUUUUGCUGAAUGGCGCAGCACACAACGAGAAGCUGCUACUAUGAUUUUUACGGCAGCAGUUUUGAGCCUGGCCAUGAAAUUCAUCCUGUCUUCCCGUCAAUACGGUCUAUCUACCCGCCACACUCGACUACCUUAUCAUGAGACAAAUGAAGGUACCGAAAACGGGAACGGGACACAUGCAAAUAGCACCCCGCGUAGGCUCAUCACGGACGCCCGCUACCAUGACGAACCAGAUGAAGAGGAACGCCAUAGGGUGGAUUCACCAACCGCGCCCCAGUCACCAAAUGUAAAUGCUUUUGGCAUUGCAAAUGGCCAGGGGGACGCCCGCAACAACAUAGGCGACAAUUACAACACUGGAUCUUCUGGUGCAUUGCACAUUUCGAACUUGAGGCUAUGAGAAGAACUGAGUUUUGUUUUACAUUGAAAAAAUUGUUCUUCUUUUCUUUUAUUUCUGCAAUGUAGGUUCCUUUUCCCUGUCGUUUCCAUGUGGUCUUAUCUUUAGCCUUCCAGUUGUCAUGUUUUAGACUCUCUCUCCCCAAAUUUUCAUUUACUAUUCCCGCAUUUUUCAUUCUCACUUCCUGUCCCCUCUUGCCGUUUGUUUUCACAAAUCCAUCUGGGAUUGAGGUGUAAGUGCAGCUUCAAGCUUUGAUGUUUCAUCUCAUCUACUUCUGUCUACCAAGCAAUGGCAGGAUGAACCUAAUGUGAAAUUUAUCAACGGGUUUUGUGAUUUGAUUAAAUGGGAUUGAGGGUACAUACAGUCUUUUCCACAUUUACCUCUGUGUCUCCCCUUGUGUUUAUGCCCUGAACUACACCGAUUGGAAAGCGCCGAUGGCGAAACGCUAAUCGCAUGAUUAAAUAACUAAAUGUGAGAAGAAAAUUCCAUUACGUAAAGUUUAUCUCUCUCUACCUUGAUCUCAGCAGAAAUGUUAUAUCCCCUUUAGGACCCCCUAUCGAAAGUUUUGAUAUAUCUAAUUGCCCAAAAAGUAUCCUUGAACACCGCAGGGUUAUUGGUGACAUAAUCGGCACAAUCCCUCCCGCGCGAUGCACACCCAUCGGUAAACGCCCAUACACCUCCCGCCCAAUCCCCACAAAAGGUGGUGUUGAUCACAAUUUUCAAGUUCACCAAGCUCACAUCAAAUCUACAGGCCCCUUCAAACACCGCAGCGGGCGCUGUAUUCCAGGAAUCGGGAUUUGGGCAACCAUUCUCAAUGUCCCAUGGAAUCUCGCCGCGGGGGAAGAACCAUAUUUUGAUCGAGUGUGCCGUCCACAGCGUUGCGUAUACACCACCGCCUAUACUAUUCAGCCCGUGUCCAUACGAGUGUGGGCUAUCAGACACAAUCCGACAGCCCUGGUUGAUAUAUUGGCCUGGAGCAUUGACGUCGCAAUUAGACGUUUGGAUUUCCCCCGCAAAGUUGCUUCGUUUGGAUAUGGUGCAACCGGGGCCCGUGUGUAAUACCAUACCGUUGUGCGAGUUUAAGUGGAUGCCUUCGUAUAUGUCGAUUUCUCCCGUCGUGGGCCAUGAAGGUCCCACCAUCCAGAAGGCAGGCCAGAUGCCGCAGGUCGAGUUGGGGACAUGGAGGAAAUCGGCAAUCACCAGGCCUUGGUUGUAAGACUUUUUGCUGGCGAUGCGGACGCUGGGUCGGCCCGUCGGGGUGAUAUUGGUAUGGUCAACGCCCAAGCGGACGAUGGGAUAGCCGUUCAUGGUCGUCUCUUUGACUAGGCCGGCGGCGCGUGCCUGGCGUUCUGAUAGGUAUUUGACGUGGCCAUUGGUGGGAUCUGGUGCCGUCCAGAAGUCAAAUUUUGCAAAGAAAUUGUUUGGGUGGUAGUGAUCAACGAGGUUAUAUGCCCCUAUAACCUGACGGGCGAGUAGGAAAAGGAGAAUGGCACUAAGGGGAUUCAUUGGAGAAGAAGUGCAACGGAAUAGCAGCGCCAAAGGGUCUGGUAGACUUUCUCUCUGGACGCUACAAAUUAGAUAUAUAUAGUGCGGAAACAUCACGCCUCUAUAUACACAUAUGUGGUGGCGUAGAUGGUAUUCGGUCUGGGCUGCGCGGUAGAUGCAAUGCAUACAUUUUUCAUAGCCAUGCCUCACGGCAAUCCCAAGGAAAAGGAAAUGAAAAUGAAAAUGAUGGCGGGGAGGAGGCUAUUUUGUAGCGUUCCCAGAUCGGAGGUUCUCAUUUGAAGGUCAAUUGUAGUCAUUGGAGUUUUCUGUAAAAGAGUAAAUGAAUCGGGGGGUAGGAGCCGAUUUGGGUUUGGAUACUUUGGCAAACGGCCAAUUUUCUUAGAUGCAUAGAGCUAUUUCCAUCACGAGGCUGGAUAACCAAAUAAAAACCCUGGUGGAGUUGCUAUCUCAUUGGUAUGUUUUAAAGGGCUAUCCAGCAUUGUUAAAUUAGUCGAUGCACCAGCUCGCACUUAAUGAGGCAAAU